UCCUCUAACCUUCACCUCACUUCUUCUACAUCUCCAGUUCUCCUACAAAUCUUCUGUACCCUAUGUUCUUUUAAUAGUCUGCCUGGUUACUUUAAGAUGCUUCCCUCACCACCUCCAGACCUACCCAAAAAACCACCAUUUGCACCACCUGCCCACCCACCGCCUAUCAAAGCAGAACACCCUGAUCGACUGCAGCCUGUUAAGCUAGAACUGCCUGCUCGAUCCCCCUCAGCGAGACAUUUCAGCAUUAGUGAAAACCUCGCACAGAACCGUAAAGGGACGAGUAGGUCGGAGGUAGCCUCUGACACGAACGGAUCGGAGGUAAAGAUAGGUGGAAGUGAUUGUAAGGCCUCGACUGAGAUGUCAAACCCGUCGUCUUCUUUAAGGCUGGAAAAUCGUUCGAAACAGCCGCUACCUCCUCCCAUCCAGCCGCCGGCCUCAUCGCCUUCUACGUUGUUUCAAUCAAUCAGAAUUUCAGCCUCAUUUACUGUCGAAGUUGUCAGUCACCACGCGACGUCACACUGCAGAGAAGAGAAUGGGAAUGGGGGAAGAUGAUACAAACCGUGGUAAGAGGUUAAAAGUGGCGAUCAUAGACCUGCUCUGCAGGGUACAGUCCGCACUUCGAUUCAUAUCCGAAGAUAACGGUGGUUCUGCGCUGAAGGACUAGAAUACUGUUGGUCCCGGUCGGCCUCGAGCUUUCAUGGGAUGAUUGUGGGGUUGUAACACGGAGUGUAGAUGUGCUCAAAUUGCCUUGGAAACUAGUAAGAGACAACGAACGAGGAACGGAAGUCUUCAAGAGGUUGCAAUCUACAAUCUCAUUCAUGAGUAACUAGUAGAUUCGCAAUCUACUCUAAGAAAGAAUCUAUGAUAAUAGGCUCAACGUCGCACUGUAUUUGCCCUUGUUUAGGCAGUAAUCGAGGCAAACACUGCUUUCAAACUCCCCA